GCUACUGAGAGUGGGGAGAAGUGUGAGAAAUUAACAAAAAACAUUAGCGUCAACACACAACUCACUGCGAAUCAGCCAGUUCCUGGUGGUCAGACACCUUAUGAAUGUAGAAAAUGUGACAGAUACUUCAGUCGAAUGGCCGACUUCCACCGACAUCAGAGAUGUCACACUGGCGAAAAGUCUUUUGAAUGCAAAGAAUGUGGGAAAGACUGCAGAUGCAACUCAUAUAACUCACUACUAACUCGGCAUCAGGUAGUUCACACUGGAAAGAAACGAUUUAAAUGUAAAGAGUAUGGGAAAGGCGUAAGUUCAGACACAGCCUCGAUUCAGCACCAGAGAAUCCACACUGGAGAGAAGCCCUAUGAGUGUAAGGAGAGCGGCAAGGCCUUCAGUAGCAACUCCGUCUUCCUCCAGCGCCAGAGGUUCCACAUGGGGAAGAGACUCUAUGAGUGUGAAGAGUGUGGGAAGCAGUUGAGCUCCAACACAGCCUUGACUCAGCAUCAGCGCAUUCACACCGGGGAGAAACCUUUUGAAUCUCUGCGUAACUGGAAUGCCCACUUCUCUCCUGUCCCAGUAAGAUGUUUAAUUCAGACUCUUGGCUUCCCCAAAUUCUCUGAGCCCUUGUUUCCCCAACAUGAACUUUCUUUACAGUUAGAAAAGACAAAAGAACAAACCUCAAAACUUACAAACAUGAAAGGAAUGUAAGUUUCUAGACUGGAAGGCUAUACUAAGUGCCCAGCAAAAUGGAUUAGAAUACCAGGUUUGAAGAGGAGAUCCUAAAAAGUAUCUAGAGAGAGAAAACAAAAGAUCAGGGAUAAAAAAAAAAUGGCAUCCCAUUUCUCAGUAGUAACCUUGAAAGUUAGGUGACUACGGUGCAUGCCUUCAAAAUUCUAAGGGAAAAUCAUUUCGUCCAGAAUUAAAGACAUUUCAGACCCUUUAAAUCUUAAAACUUACAUGUCCCAUGUAUCUCUCUUCAGAUGUGCAACAUUAAACAAGGGGUAAACCAGAAAGAUAAAGAUAUAUGGACACCUAUUACAAUAUGAAUAUUAGAAGUCUCCCAAACUCACCAACAGAGGGGCCUUGUCCAUUGGAGCCAUCUGCAUCUAGGACAUUCUAAGAGAGUUCAAGCUUUCAGAGACCUACCUCGGGUGCAGCCCACCCACACUACUUAUUACUCUGAAGUUACUCUUGACCACUCAAUUGCUGUCUGUGCCUUUGCAAAAGUUGGGGUGUGUGUACUCUGAAUCAGAUGCAAGAUGCUAUCUGUCUUAAAUUUAUCCAUCUCAUUGCUGUUCCAAGUGACCUCACAGCCGGGAACAUUUCUUAGCAACUUCAUCUAGUUGUUUUUUUUUUUCCACUCAAGGAAUUAGCUACCACUUUUGCAGACAGCUUGACGGCCCACUGCAGGAAGCAGAGGGUUAAGUUAUAGAAACUCGAUGCUAAUUUCUUUAUCUGUAAAAUAGGGAUGACAAUCUACCUCAUAGUUCUGUGUUGAGGAUUAGCUGCAUUAAUACAUGUAGAAGUGCUUAGCACAGUGACUGGAGCAUAAUAAACAAAAAUGCUAUUUAUUGGAAUGUGA